CUCUUUUUAUAUAAUGCCCCCCACUGAGCAAUGUCUUAGCUGCCUCUCUCUCUUCUCUUUUUGCACACUCUCUCUCCUUCAAGGUUCUUUGCAAUCAAGUGUGAAGCCAUGCCUUAUGUGUCCAGAGAAAUAAUGGCAUUGCCUCUAGCUUUACUUGUAUGCUUUUUCAUAGGAGUAGAGUCUAGUUUUUCACAGUUUGACAGAAUCACCCAGUUACCUGGUCAACCUCCAGUCUGGUUCCAGCAGUAUUCAGGUUAUGUGACCGUUGAUGAGAAAAAAGAAAAAGCUCUCUUUUACUACUUUGCUGAAGCUGAACUAGACUGUGUUUCUAAGCCUCUUGUUCUCUGGCUAAAUGGAGGGCCAGGUUGCUCUUCCUUGGGAGUUGGGGCAUUUUCUGAGAAUGGACCGUUUAGGCCUAGUGGGGAGGUGUUGGUCAAGAACCAGUAUAGCUGGAAUAGAGAAGCCAAUAUGUUGUAUUUGGAGACACCAAUUGGAGUUGGGUUCUCUUACUCUACUAAUGCUUCUUCAUAUGAAGGUGUCAAUGACAAGAUCACUGCUAGGGACAAUCUGGUGUUCCUGCAGAAAUGGUUUGUCAAUUUUCCACAUUACAGAAACAGAAGUUUGUUCAUUACAGGAGAAAGCUAUGCUGGUCACUAUGUGCCCCAGCUGGCAGAUCUCAUGCUUCAAUUCAACAGAAAGGAGAAACUGUUCAAUUUGAAAGGAAUUGCUAUGGGGAAUCCAGUUUUAGAGUACUCCACAGACUUCAAUUCGAGGGCCGAGUUCUUCUGGUCUCAUGGAUUGAUAUCAGAUACAACAUACAAAAUGUUCACUACAGUUUGUAACUACUCGCGAUAUGUAAGCGAAUACUACAGAGGUUCAGUUUCUCCUCAAUGUUCAAGAGUGAUGAGUCAAGUGACAAGAGAAACCAGUAGAUUUGUUGACAAGUAUGAUGUUACCCUCGAUGUCUGUAUAUCAUCAGCUCUCUCACAGUCAAAAAUCCUUAGCCCCCAGCAACAACUUGGAGACAAUAUAGAUGUAUGUGUGGAAGAUGAAACAGUUAAUUAUCUCAACAGGCCAGAUGUGCAGAUGGCUCUCCAUGCACGUCUUGUUGGAGUCCGUCGAUGGGCUGUCUGCAGCAACAUUCUUGAUUACGAGCUCCUUGACUUGGAGAUACCAACAAUCACUAUUGUAGGCAGACUCAUUAAGGCAGGAAUCCCGGUCUUGGUUUAUAGUGGAGACCAAGAUUCUGUCAUCCCACUGACUGGAAGCCGAACACUAGUUCACGGACUGGCAGAGGAAUUGGGACUGCAAACCACAGUGCCUUACCGAGUUUGGUUUGAAGGGCAGCAGGUUGGUGGGUGGACUCAAGUUUAUGGUAAUAUCCUAUCCUUCGCCACCAUCAGAGGAGCAUCCCAUGAAGCUCCAUUUUCACAGCCUGAAAGAUCGCUGGUUCUGUUCAAGGCAUUCUUGGGAGGCCAGCCUCUACCAGAAGCUUUCUGAUCUGCAGAUCACUUCAUUACAGGAAAUACAUAUUCAAUUGUAAGUAGACAAGGGAUUGCCGUUGCAAAAGGCAGUUCUCAAUUGCCCGAGAAUGAGAAUUGCACUGGACUGUUUGUUUCUUUGGUUUUUUCCAUGCUUUGGAAAGUGAGAUUUUUGUAAAGAACUCUAGUAAAGAAAGAACCUGCCUUGUUUUGUGUUUUGAA